AUGUUCCCAUUUAGAUAGCUCUUAAAAUGAUUCAUAUUCCAUCAUUCUUUGUAGCACAUUAGAAAAGGGGCAGAGAAGCGUUCUCUCAGUAUCUCACCUUUCACUGAGGCCAGACGAACUGCUCUGACCUCGUACGUGUAGAUUCAUAGUCAGGUAGGCAGCAUGCCAAAGAUAAAAAAGAUGAACUAAAGCCUGAAGCUGCCAGCCCACCUGUCCAAAAAUAGUCCAGCCCUGACCUGAGGCUUUGCAUAUGAGUCAGAAUAUUUUAGCUUCAGUGGACAAUAAAGUACGGGCAUUUAUGAUAGUGGUUUUAUACCAUAAAUAUUAAAUAGAAUACGUAUUAACCCUGUAAGCCUGAUAUAUGAAAUAAUAGUCAGAAAGAUCUAAUUGAUUUGAAAUGGAAGAGUUUAUUGAACCUUUAGACAAAAAAUAAAAAUGUAUUUUUGUUGUCUUUUAUGGCUCAAGUAUAGUAUGAUAUGAUAAUAUGCAUCUCAUAUUUAAGGAGGAAAAACACCAGUUUUAUUCAGAGGCCCAAACUGAGCAAAAAUAUGCAAUUUAUUGCAGAUGUUGUUAUUUAUAUGGCCAAAUGAAAUUCUGAUAGCUUGUAAUGUAAACGGAGAUCUUUAUGCAUAUGAGUUGUCACUAUAUAUCUCCCAUAUGCUUAGUAUUAUGAUCAAAGCGCUGUAGUUUUUAUUGUCAGGGGAAAAACAUAACACAACACAUAACUGAGAAAUACAAAUGAACGUUACACAAAAAUCUGAUUUUGACACAUUUUAACGUUUUUUUUUUUUCUAAAAUAAAUAAAUAAAUAAAUAAUCAAGUAGCCUAAACCUAAGUUGUCAUCUUGAAAUAUUAAUAACAAUAUAAAAGUUAUUAUUUACUUUAUAAAAAUCAUUGAAAAAUUUCACAGCAAGACACGUACACCACGACCUGAAGGUGGACAUUUUUACAAUUAUAGGCAACUAAAAGGCUUUUUACUUUCAAAAAAGUAUAAAUUGUCUUUCAGAUAACACUUAGCCUAUCAAAUAUGAUACAGCAGGCUUUAGGGUUAAGUAUGUAAAUCAGCACAAUUAGAAUAUAGUUGGUCAUUUAGGGGACGCAUUAAGUCAAUUACUGAGACAUUUAUUUAUUUAUUGUUUUUGUUUGUUCAAGGGACACUUAAAAUUUUAUUUAAAACAAUUUAUUAGAGAAAAAAAGAAUAAAGCAACAGAAUAAAUUUUUCCAUGGACAGACAAUUAAAAUUCAGAAAGAGGCGGAUAGACAUUACAGGUUGCCGACAGCGGUGACCCAUUCACGGCUUGACGUCACCGCCGACAGCGCUGGUGAUUGGCUGAUUCUGGAGCGCGUCUUUGUGCAGAAGGACCCCACUUCCGCGAUACUACAUCCAUCCAUCGCUGUAUAACAUGCCAUUUCUUAAGGAGUGCACGUACUGCGUCGUUUCUCAAAAAUAAGCGAAAGACAAUAAAUGCAUACAUUUAUCUUCAAUAUAAAUCCAGCAUCUCCUAAUACUCAAUCCCCAAUGCAGUCUGGAUUUAUUGAGGGUUCUCCUUGGUUUAUGUGACGGAUUCACGUUGAUUUCCUCAGCCCAUUCUUCUCUAUCUGAAUGCAUGAUAAAUAUAGCCCACGGCUCUACUAAUAGCGGACACGAGCGUCGUCGUGAUGUCAGUGGAUUUUAGGUGCCCCCUCAGGAUGCCUGAGUAGUUGCGCUCGCCGCCAAUGAGCGUCUCCAGUGUGAAUGUCCUUCAUUUCUCUGUCUGCCUAGAGAACUUGCCAUCACGGAUCCUAAUCUGGAUUUAAAUAGGAAAGAAAAGCACCUCUCCGGUUCGCCGCUGCCCCUCAAUCGCCUGACAUUCUGGAGCGUCUAAAACAACUUUAACUGAGCGCGACAUGGAGUGCCGAGUGCUGUCGAUUCAGAGUCAUGUCGUGAGAGGAUAUGUGGGAAAUAAAUCCGCAUCCUUCCCGUUACAGGACCGAUGUUCGCCACCCCUAGUAUAUGGUUCUGUGUCUUGGGGUUUGAGGUGGACUCGAUCAACUCUGUUCAGUUCUCCAACCACACAGGGUACUCUCACUGGAAGGGACAGGUCUUGACUGCAGAUGAGCUUCAUGUCCUGUAUGAAGGGAUCAAACUCAACAACGUCAACCACUACGACUAUGUACUUACAGGUUACACUAGAGAUACAUCGUUUCUGGAGAUGGUGGUUGACAUUGUUCAAGAGCUGAAGAGGGCCAAUCCUAACCUUGUAUAUGUUUGUGACCCUGUCUUAGGUGACCAUGGUUCAAUGUAUGUUCCUCAGAAUCUCCAUCCCGUGUACAAGAAUAAAGUGGUCCCUGUGGCCGAUAUCAUCACGCCCAACCAGUUUGAGGCUGAGUUACUGACAGGGAAGAAUAUCAGCACGGAGAAAGAUGCUGUUGAGGUGAUGGACCUGCUGCAUAAGAUGGGUCCAGACACCGUGGUCAUCACCAGCUCUGAUCUGCCCCCUCGUCUCGGAGACAGAUUCCUGGUGUCUUUUGGCAGUCGGCGCAUUUUGAUGCCUGACGGUACAAGGACGACCCAGCGGAUCCGAAUAGAGGUGCCGAAGGUGGAUGCGGUGUUUGUGGGGACCGGUGAUCUGUUUGCUGCUAUGCUGCUGGCCUGGACUCACCAUUACCCAACAGACCUGAAGACGGCAUGUGAAAAGACCUUCUCGGUUAUGCACCAUGUCAUUCAGAGGACUAUAUCUUAUGCGCAUGAGAUGGCAGGUCCUGGUAGAAGACCCAGCCCGGCCCAGCUGGAGUUACGGAUGGUCCAGAGUAAAGCUGACAUAGAGGAUCCAGCCAUAGUCAUGGAGGCCACUGUUCUAUAGAGCCGCCACACGCCACAUCUCAUCCACACAUCUCACCCUCCGCUCACAACUGCACAAUGUAUAGAUGUUGUACAUUUUGAUAUGUAAUGUGACAUUGCCUUAGAAUCUCAGCCAGAGCACAACAGUUCCAUUUCCAGAGAUUCAGCAGGGUACAGCCAAACAAGCGAGAGGAGAGAGAGCCAUCGUGCUCCGAGAGAGUGUAACGCAGAGAAGAGGAGAGGAGAGUGGGAGAGAUGAUCAGCCUCUCUCAUUCACACUAUUUUGUGCAUCUUCACCAUCUCUGUCUCUCUCUCUUUCUCUCGAAGCUCCUCAAGAACUCCGGUUCGUCCUGCACAUAAAGCCCAGUCACUGACAUUUCCAGACCAGGUCAGUUAUGUAACUAAACUGCCAUUGAUCUAGUGAGGACCAAAAUUUUAAAAAAUGACAUUAUUAUAGGUGUGGCGCUUUCUACGCUCUAUGAUUUGGAGUCAGAGCAGUUCAGCAACAAACACAGAAAACAAAACCUAGAUGGCUGAGUCUCACAAAAACUGUCAAGAAAUGCUUGAUUUCGGCCCAGAUUCAAAAGAUCAAAAUAAGAUUUUUAUUGCAUAAAGGAAAAAGGAUAUUAUUAGGACCAUUAAGGUUUUGGCGUUAUGCUUUUUUUUAUUGUAUUAUUUUCCCCAGUUCUCUGUUGCUCACUGCAAUGUUAAAAAUUAUCAUCCUUGUAUCUUAUUUUUUUAAUUAGAUAUACUUUAGUAUAUCUUAGUAAUUUAAAUUGUAUAUUAGGGCUGUCAAAUCGAUUAUUUCGCAAUUUAAUUGCAUCCAAAAUAAACGUUUGUGUGUACAUAAUAUAUAUGUGUGUGUGUGUGUAAUGUGUAUAUAUAAGUACACAAAAAUACACAUACAUACACACACACACACAUGUUCGUUUUUGUGAAAAGUGGGGACAUUCCAUAGGCGUAAUGGUUUUUAUAGUGUACUUACUGUAUGUGCUAUUGCCCUACACCAAUCCUACACCUAAACCUACCCUUUACAGGAGACUGUGCAUGUCAACUUUCCCCAAAAAAAACUCAUUCUGAGUGAUUUAUAAGAAUUUUGAAAAGUGGGGACAUGGGUCAAUGUCCUGAGAUGUCACCUUCACCUUGUAAUACCUAUGUCAUACCUUUGUCAUUAUACAAAUCUAUGUCCUGACUUUUCACAAAAACGCGCACACACACACACACACACACACAUAUAUAUAUAUAUAUAUAUAUAUAUAUAUAUAUAGUGAGGAAAAUAAGUAUUUGAACACCCUGCUGUUUUGCAAGUUCUCCAACUUAGAAAUCAUGGAGGGGUCUGAAAUUGUCAUCGUAGGUGCAUGUCCACUGUGAGAGACAUCACAAUGUAUGAUUUUUUUAACUAUUUAUUUGUAUGAUACAGCUGCAAAUAAGUAUUUGAACACCUGUCUAUCAGCUAGAAUUCUGACCCUCAAAGACCUGUUAGUCUGCCUUUAAAAUGUCCACCUCCACUCCAUUUAUUAUCCUAAAUUAGAUGCACCUGUUUGAGGUCGUUAGCUGCAUAAAGACACCUGUCCACCCCAUACAAUCAGUAAGUGGGAGAACUUGCAAAAUAGCAGGGUGUUCAAAUACUUAUUUUCCUCACUGUAUAUACACACACGCACGCACGUAAAUAUUUCUUAAAUAUAUUUAUAUUUCAUUUAUAUAUGAUUUACAUUAUAAAUAUGAAUAUAUAUAUAUUGCAUAUAUUUCUUAUAUAUACACAUUACACACACACACAUUAUGUAAACACAAACUUUUAUUUUGGAUGUGAUUCAUUGUGAUUAAUCGAUUUGACUGGCCUGUUAUAUACGUAUAUUGUUUUCUAUUUAUUAUUAUUAUUAUUAUUAUUAUUUUCUAUAUAGAUUUUUUUUUUUAAUCAUUCUCACCAGACAGGAUUAGUUUAAUUACUGUAUUAUAUUUAAUAAGAUUUUUUUUUUCAUUGAUUAAAAUGUGAUUAUUUGUCACAAUGCAAACAAGGUUGAUCCUAAACAUAAUUUUCUUUAUUCUAAAUAUUUUCCUUUAUGAAAAAUAUAUUCAUUUGAUUUGGGAGUUUAGUACGGCUUUGACUUUUGUGAGAUUUACCCAGAAAGCUUUGCUCUCUGCGGUUCUUGAUAAGAUACCUGUAUCUGAAAAAGAUAUGUUAUAGCCAACCUCAAAAAUGAACAAGUAAGUUGUUAAAUGUGUAUUACAGACCCAAAGCACUACUUUGUGUGAGAGUCCAACUUGUGUCUAAAAUGUGUAUUUUAUUGUUUAUUUUUUGUGACUAUAUUCUUCCAAAAAGGGAGAUUUUACUGAAGAGAUGCGCUGCUGUAUUUUGUGACUUGUUGAUGUUUUUGGUGAGAUGUACUGUAAUAAUUUUUGGCCUUGCUCACGUGUAUAUGAUUUAAUUCUCGUUCCAUUGAUUUCAUUUUACAUCGAGCAUUUAUAAAUGUGGAAGUUCAAGCAUUUCACUUCAUGUUUGUUUGUCAAUGUAACUAACAUUAUCAUCUCAUUUGCUUUGAACUGAUUGUAUUUGCAUUGAUAAUCUACUUGUUUGUACAAGCAGAAGAAACUUUAAAAGUAGUUUUAACUUUUUAUUUGAUAGUAUUUUCAUAUCUUAAAAGGAAAAGACUUGUAUGAAGUCUGAAGUACUGGGGGAACUUCUUAAAAUGCCUUGAUUAACAGUAGUUGUGUAUGUGUGCUAGUCUGGGGACCUGCGCCUGCUUCUCUCUCACUGUGUCAGAGAACACGGUGCCUUCUGGUUACAAUGCUGUGAAAGAUAAUAAAAGGCAGAUGAGUUAUAUAUUUCACCAGACUUGUUCUCCUUUGUUCAGUUCAUAAGGAGAUUGAUUCAGGCAACAUCUUCCUUUGUGUCGUAUGUCUGUUUAUAUCUCUGUUUGAUCCAUUCUCCAUGACACUCUGCAGUUAUUAUGUGGAUUUCUCAAGUAUUAUUUUUGACUUCUGUUUUACACCUAACUAAUGCUCUUCCAAAACUAGUCACAUUUUUUUUUUAGCCAUCGUUUCAUCCUCUGAUCAUUUCUGAGUUGCAUUUGUAUAUUAAACACUCAAAAUUCCCUCUAAGAGUGAAUCUCACGAAAACAUAUCCAUGUCACAUUUAACUCCAAAAUUAAAAGAAAAAAGGAGAGGGAACAUGAAAGACAGAAAUACAGAAAAAUUGGUCGAAGAAACAAAGCCUAUUUUAGGACCAGUAUCUUUUUUUUUUUUUUUUUCAGAUUUGUUACAUUUGUUUUUUAUGCAAUGUUAUUUUUAUCCAAUUGUUUAAUUAUUUUUGUCCAACUCCACACGUUUUGUUGUAAUACAAUAAUUGUUUACAUUUAAAUUAGCCUUUAUUGGUUCAGCAAAAAAGCACAAUAAAAGCAAGCAUGAUGUGUAAGUAUUUUAGAAGUGUAAUGAUUAUAAUUAUUAAUAAUAAUUUAAAUACUUUUUGCAUUGCUGUAAUGAUAUAUUUAACUGUCGUAUUUUUCAUUAUUUAAAAAAAUAAUAAUCGUUAAACAAAUAGCUAACUUUAGACAGCAUUUCAGGCCAACAAGUGAUCAAAAAUAAACAAAUAAAUAAAAUUCCAGUUAUUCUUCACGUUAGCUGUGACUUUCAUAGCUCUUUUUUAAAUUAAAGUUGUAAUUGUAAAAAUCUGCCUUUUUUUAUUUUUUAUUAAAAUUUCAUAUUUCUUUUUAUUUUGGGGUAAAAUAUGAUUGAGGCAUGUUCUUUCAUAAGGUUCAUCCCUCAUCUCAACCACUAGCUUUUCAUCUUAUUUUCCUUAAAAAAAAAUUUAAAAAAGAUGGCCAUGUGCAGGACCAAUCAGGGGUCAGCAUUGCUCUGAGGGGCAUGUGCUUCAGCUUUUCAUUAGUUACCGAGCUGUUAUCUAACUUCUUAUGUGUACUUGUACAUUGUGUAUGUGUGAAUGACUAAUGGAUGGUCUACUGUGAGUGUGCGAGUAUUUGUGUUCUCUGAAGGAAUAUGAGGGUGUGAAGUAAAAUAAGAAAAGCCAAGUCUAGCCUUUAUGAAUAAAGACAGUGAGCUGGUAUACAGAUGAUCAUGACAUUACUGUCUACGAAUGAACUGUACUGGUACCAUUUGCUAAUGGCGCUUGCUGAAGUGCCCCUAAACAGGUUUAGUUUAGUGCAAAAUGGCCAUUUCUUCUUGGAGAUGCCUUGGCGAACAGUUAAUCUUAUGGCCUGCAGCAAAAUGUGCAUGUUAACUGUAUUUAAAGCAACAGUAUGUAAGUAUAUGUUUCAAAAUAGGCCAAUUUGGAUUGUAAAUUGACUUUUACUAAGGCGAAUGACUUUUGUUUCUUUUGCAUGCUCCCUCUCAAACGUCCGUUCUGGGAGUAUGUAAAUUUGAUGAGCGGGUACGAAUUCCCGCGAAAAGGGCGGCAGCAAAUGCACGUGUACAGUGAUAUAUUUACUUCCACUAACUUAACUGUAGGGGGCUCCAAAGUUGCAAAAUACACAAAACUUCAUACAGUUGCUUUAAAUAUAUCAACAACAUGCUAACAAUGAAAACACACUUAUGUUUACUGUUAAUUAAACAACAAGUGUGUCCUGAUAUAAGGAACCCUGUCAGAAAAAAAAGGAAAGGAAGAUGCAUCUCACUGUGUUAGGGGGCAGCCAAAUAUUCUUUAUCGCAGUGAUGUCUAGUGCAUUCCCUGAGGGAAGUGUGGUCAAGAACUAUUGGGAUGAACUACAUUUUUGUUUGUUCUGUAUACAUGAUGUUUGUAAAUUGUAUAUCGGUCUGUGGAAAUUAUGUGCUGUCUAUUGUAAGAUUGUGGAUCAAAGAUGACCAAAUGACGCCGAGCUCCUUCUAGUGGACGGAGCUUCUAUCGUCUGAGAAAAACUAUUCCACUACCAUUGUUUAGGCCAUAAACAAAGCGAUCUUUAGUAUACUAGGUCCCUUAAUGCUGUUCUUUUUUGACUCCAUAUGAUAUGGUUUAAUCACUUGGACCUAUUUGUCAUCAAUGUAUGUCGUCAUCUGUAGUUUACAGAGUUUUGUAUAAUUAGCUGCCUUCCAUUACAAGGCAUUGAACGCCUUACAACAUGUACAAAAGCAUUUCAGGCCUACUAGUGCUCAAAAAAUCUAGCUAUUCUUCACGUUAGUUGCGUAACUUCCAUAACUCUGACUCUUGAAGUAAGUGUAGGUUUUAUUAUUUCAUUUUUGUUACAUUUCAUUUUCACAUAGUAGACAGAGGUGCAAGACAGGAUAGUUUCCGAGGGUGAAACAUCUUUAGAAAAUGAUGGAAUCUGACAGAAAUGAGUCAUUGUGUCUUGGUCUCUCAGUGUGAAUUGUUAUUUCAUCUGUAAAAUGUGUUUAAAACCACUGUGCUUGCUGUAAUGUACUCUUGUCCACAACAGUACUGUUUAAUAGAAGAUUCUACGGCAAGAGUACAUGAGAAUACACUUAAAAAUGUGUCCUUCUCACAGAACGCCAAAUAUGAAUUUCAAUGACAUCAUAAUGGGCAGGAUGACGCGUUGCCAGGGCAACAAUCGGAGGCAUCAUUCUA